UGUAAAUAUCUAGAGCGCGUUUCAGUACGAGGUAAGUUAUACAUCCGAUACAAAGCGUUUGAGGUUAAUUCACCUACUGUAGUAUUGGAUAUGAAACGGGUUGACUUUGGCCGACAGUUGUUAUAAAGCCGAGAACAAUGUCUGGACGUAAAGAGAUGCGGGCAAUCCGUGUUGCCAACUAUGGUGGACCAGAGGUGUUACAGGUCGAUCCCAAAGUUCCAGUACCAGUCCCUUCUGAUACUCAGGUAUUGGUGGAAGUAAAAGCAGCGGGUGUGAAUCCUGUAGACACGUAUAUUCGUAGCGGUUCUUUCGGAACAACAGGUCCGCUGCCAUACACCCCGGGCGCAGAUGCGGCUGGAAUUGUGUCAAAGGUCGGGGCCAAAGUAACCAAGUUUAAGCCAGGGGAUAAAGUGUAUGUGAUAAGGAAUGUUUCCGGCGGGUAUGCGGAAUUCACGGUUGCUGAGGAGUCUAAUGUUGGGAAAUUACCGAGCCAUCUGAGUUUUUCCCAGGGUGCCGGUCUUGGUAUACCAUGCUAUUCGGCAUCGCGGGCCUUCAUAAAAGCGAAAGGUAAAGUGAAGCCAGGAAACACCGUGCUUGUUCAUGGAGCAAGUGGAGCGGUGGGUUUAGCAUGUGUCCAGAUAGGGAAGGCCAAAGGCCUAACUGUGCUUGGGACAGCAGGAACCAAAGAGGGGAUGGACUUGGUUCUUAAGCACGGAGCAGCAAAGGCUUUCAACCAUAAGGAACAGGGCUACAUUGACAAAGUACUGGAAGCCACCAAUGGAACGGGACCAGAUAUCAUCAUAGAGAUGUUGGCAAACGUGAAUCUGGAUACAGACAUGAAGAUAAUCAACAAGGGAGGCAUCAUCGUGGUCGUUGGAAGUAGGGGCAAUGUAGAGAUCGCCCCACGUUUACUCAUGUUUAAAGAGUCCAUUGUCACUGGGUUUGCACUGUGGAAUGCCCCACCAGAAGAAAUAGUGGAAAUGCAUCAAGUGAUAUCAGAAGGACUUACGAAAGGCUGGCUCGUACCCAGCGUCCAAAAGGAGUAUAAGCUUGAAGAAGCCCCGUUAGCACAUGAAGAAAUCAUCAAUAAUACUGGAACAACGGGCAAUAGGAUACUUAUUAUGUAACUUUAAGCAAUCGUGUUCAAAACUCUCAGUUGGGUUUUGCUUGUUCUUUCAAACACGUAUUUGUUCAAAUUAUUUAUUUAAUACAAUUUGUAUUUUUUAAUAGGAAAUAAAUGCUUAAAAAGUUACUUUAUAGGAUAUACAAUAGAUUGCCUAUAUUAUAGUUUCAUAUGAUAAAGUUUAGGAACAUACACUGUUACAACAUCUAGUACAUGGUAAUUAUAAUAGUGUGCUCGUUACUGUAUUUAUGAAUAUGAUACAUUUGAUCAAAUUUAGCAUAAUUGUUAAACAAAUCGACUAAAACUAUUUGUUCCUAAGACGCUUUAAAAGUUCCUUAUACAACACUGUUUAGUGGUUUGCAUUAAGGCCCAAUUUCACAGUCAAAAGUCAAUAAGAUAUAAUAACACAAAUAUUGGCUCUCGUAUUUUCAUAAUUUUACAAACUUAUUUAUAUCAAUCUACAUACUAUUUAUUUAGAGCAUGAACGUAAAGUUGUGGUUAAUUAAAAUAGAGAAAAUUAUGUAUAUUUUGUGUUGUGUGUUUUUUUUAGUGUUCGUAGAGCAUAUUUCUAUUGUUAAUGUUUUAAAAGGUGCUAUGCAGACAUUGCAAUUAUUAUAUGUUAAUUUGUAUUUUAAACAACAUGGUUGUGCUUUUAACUUGUUAUGUGCUUAUAAUCAGAAAAGCAAAUAAGU